GGUUUGUUAUGGUUGAUAUUUCCUUGUUUUAAAGCUAAUUUAUUUUGUUUUAAUUCCUUUGUUGUUUAUUUCAUUCUUUAGCUUUUGUUAUAUUGUUAACUGUUUUUUGUUUUGAUUUUUUUUGUAUAUUGGAUUUUGUAGCUGAAGAGGGUUUCUUUUGCUGUUUAAGGAGGCAUUUUGAAGGGAUCAUUUAUGUUGAGUUGAUUCUUGAUUGAUGGGUUUGAAGAAAAUUUCUGUCGAAAACUUAGCAAAACUGAUAGGACAAUUUGAGGGGAUUGUUGAAGUGGAGCCUCCUCCUGAAUUGAAAAAGGAAAAGGAGAAGAAAUUUGGUACUUGUUACCAGGUUUUUUAGGCCCGAUUCCGGAAAAAAAAAGAAGAAAAAAUGGAUGAAGAAGCUAAUUCUUGGAUUAGGAGAACGAAAUUUUCUCAUACCGUUUGUCAUAGGUUGGAUGCAACAAGAUUGGCCUCUAGUCCUAUCAUUUUUCAGCCUCGAAGUGUUGCAGCUCCCAAAACUAGACCCGGUCCAACCGUUAAGCAAAUUCAGGAAACCCCGAGCACGAAUAAGCAGAGGGCGAGGGCUAGGGCUUUAUCCCCUCUUCCGAAAACAAAACUUUCCGAUACGUUUAAGGAAGCUCGAUCUAGUCAGAGGAGAUUCUCGACUCCACAUCCUCAAAGUAAAAAGGAACACGAGAAGGGCAUUGUUGGUAAAUUGUUCCACAAAGAUUCCCGUGAAAAGAAAGAACCUAGAUCGAAGAGCCGGAACCGGAAAGAUUCAGCUAAAGUUACGGCUGUAGAAACGGCUGAUGAAUAUACGGUUGAUCUUUCUAAGCUAUUUCUUGGGCUAAGAUUUGCUCAUGGAGCACAUAGUCAGCUUUACCAUGGAAUAUACAGGGAUGAACCUGUUGCAGUGAAAAUGAUAAAGCUACCUGAUGAUGAUGACGAAAAUAAUGGAGAUUUAGCGAUUCGGUUGGAGAAUCAGUUUAGCAGAGAAGUUACUCUCUUGUCUCAACUCCACCAUCAAAAGGUCGUAAAGUUUGUAGGUGCAUGCAGAAAACCACCAGUCUUUUGUGUUGUCACCGAGUAUCUCUCCGAGGGUUCUUUGAGAGCAUACCUUCACAAGCUCGAGGAUAAGUCCCUAGCCUUACAAAAAUUGAUCGCACUGGCCUUGGAUAUUGCGCAUGGAAUGCAAUAUAUUCACUCACAAGGCAUUAUUCAUAGGGAUCUCAAACCGGAAAAUAUACUUAUCGAUGACAAGUUCGGCCUGAAAAUUGCAGAUUUCGGAAUUGCUUGUGAGGAAGCAUAUUGUGAUCUUUUGGCUGAUGAUCCAGGCACUUAUCGAUGGAUGGCACCGGAGAUGAUUAAACGAAAAUCAUAUGGCCGGAAGGUGGAUGUUUAUGGUUUUGGACUCAUUCUAUGGGAAAUGGUAGCUGGAACUAUUCCGUAUGAAGAUAUGACACCAGUACAAGCUGCUUUUGCUGUUGUGAACAAGAAUAUGAGACCACCUAUUCCCGAGGGCUGCCCUCCUGCCAUGAGAACUUUGAUCGAACAGUGUUGGUCUUUGCAGCCAGAAAAGAGGCCCGAGUUUUGGCAGAUUGUAAAGGUACUGGAGCAGUUUGAAUCUUCAGUUGCGCAUGACGGGACUCUGAAUCUAGUAGAAAAUUCAAUGUUUCAUCACAAGAAGGGGUUUCUUCACUGGAUCCAAAAACUUGGAUCCGCACAUCAAAAUGCUUCAUCAAAGCCUAAGACUUUCUAGCUUUGAUAGUUUCACCAAGUCCUGCAGUAACUAAAGAGGUUUCUGUUCUGUUCUGCUAUGUUUUUUCUACCUCACCAUUAUACUAAAUGCGAGAUUAGGUUUUUAGGUGUGCAUUGAGGUGAAAUGCUUCUGUAAUUUUUUACAUGAUAGAUAACAUGGAACACGAUCACCAGAUUUUGAGUGUGAUUGCAGACUUGCCUAUCUAUGGCUAGGAGUAACCUGACUGUAAUGAUGUUCUCUUUACCCUUUUUAAAUUUUG